AUGACAUGUCCUCAGGCAAACGAGAAUUCUCAGGGGAGCACCGAUUUUGGGAGACUCCCCGAGAGAAAACCAGCGUCAGGUAUUACGGUACUUAUCAUCGGAGCUGGUGUUGGCGGUCUGCUUGCCUGUCUAGAAUGCUGGCGCCAAGGGCAUGAUGUUCGAAUCGUUGAACGAAGCGCCUCGCGAAUGCAAUCCGGUGACGGCUUUACUAUCGGAUCAAGCGCACUACGAGCCUUCCGGAACUGGCCAGAAAUGGAAGAUGAAGAAGAUCGCAUCGCGAUGAAUAUGUGGGUGUCAUGGCACAAGAUCAACGGAGAGAAGAUUUCCGGCCCUGGGCCUUUUGAACUUCAUGCUGGGAAUGUCAAAGAUGAUACAGUUGAGCCUCCGAAGGUGCACAGACAUAGUCGUCCCAAGUUUCAUAAGAUGUUGUCCAAACAAGUCGAGCGAACCGGGACGACGAUUGAGUACGGCAAGCGGGUAAAGUCUUACUUUGAAAACAUCCAGACAAACAAAGCCGGUGUCAUUCUUGACGACGGGAACAUCAUUGAAGCAGACGUGGUUAUCGCAGCAGAUGGGGUUGGAAGCAAGUCCUCGCAAGUCACAAUGGGACAUGAAAUUCGGGCUCGCCCCACUGGUUAUUCAAUCUAUCGGGCUGCCUUCCCGGUUGAAUUGGCUCUUUCUGAUCCAGUCGUGGCCGAGAGAUUCCAGGUUCUGGAAAAUGGAAAAUUUGUCGCGGAGAUGUGGAUGGGAGAUGGGGUGCAUGCUAUGUUUGCGAGAAGUGAAGACGAAAUGUCGUGGGCCUUGAACUACCCGGAUAGAGAGGUUGGAAUCGAGUCGUGGUCGGCUUUGGUAGACCCCAAAACGGUCCUGAAGACCACAGCCAAUAUCCCAGGUUGGGCAGAUGUUGCGGACAGAGUAAUUAAAGCCACGCCCAAGGAGCAUCUCCAUGACUUCAAAUUGAUGUGGAGAGAGCCUCAGCCUUGUUGGACCUCCUCUGGAGGCCGCGUUGUACAGAUUGGCGAUGCUGCUCAUACUUUCCUUCCAUCUUCUGGAAAUGGUGGUACUCAAGCUAUUGAAGAUGCCAUCUCCCUGGCAGCGUGUCUACAUAUCGCAGGAAAGGACAAUGCGCCCUGGGCGACUCGCGUCCAUAACAAACUCAGAUUCGAGCGCGUCGCCUGCCUUCAAAAGCUAGGGGUUGUCAACCAUGAAUUGCGAAAUCGCUCUUCCAAUGCCGACGUAUCACAAACAAUGCCUGUAGGCCUUUUGGGUUCGUGGAUCUGGAGCCAUGAUCCAGAGCGGUACGCGAUCGAUAACUACGGCAAAGUGCUGGCUCAUUUGAAGAACGGGACUCCUUUCCAGAGUACCAAUAUUCCACCCGGUCAUGUUUACAAGCCUUGGACUAUUGACGAACUACUGCAAGCCAAGGAGAGCGGGAAGGAGAUUGAAUUGGAUGGGGACUGGGAUUGA